AUGUCAGAUUCUACACCGUUAUUCGAGCAAGACAAUAAUUGGACCGCUGUCGGAGCUCCAGCGCCAUCGACCAUUGAGUGCGAAGCUGUUGCUAAACUGAAGAAAACUAAGCGAAAACUGCGUGAUCAAGAUGAAAAAUCCGCUGAGUCAGCUGAUGUUGCCGAGGUAGAAACUAAUGCGAGUGAAUCCGUUGCGAAGAGUUCGGAUGUUGAAGGAAAGAAAGGUAAGAAGAAGAAAAAGCGGGUAAGAUUCAAUGAAGAUUGCGUGCAGAGCGAAUGUAGUGCGAAAGACAUAGAUAAGCUAUUUGAUGCAGCCGAGGAAAAGAUGGUCGAGAGUCUCAAAGAGGUUGCGAAGAAAAUUCGAGAGGAAGAGCAAGAAGAAUCGGCCACACCGAAAGAAGAGAAGAGAAAGAAAAAAUCGAGGAAAAACGAGGCAGAGCAAAAGAAAGAUGAAGCUGUUGAUAUUUCUCUAUCCUCUAUUGUGAUUGCAAAUCAUCAUGAGCAGUACCAAAUAUUCUGCUCAAGUUUAUGUUCCCCAUAG